AUUUCUAUGCAACUAGGCGAAGCGUGAAGUUAUAUUGAGAGGUGAGCUCGCUGCUGGAUGCAAUCCAUAAACUUUGAUGAGAUCAGAGCGAGGAUCCCAGGCAGCAAGGGAGGAUCCACACUGCAAGAUAGCGCUGUCGUGUCCAUGGCCAACAAUUCUGCUUUCGCCCAGAACAGAGAAACGAGAGGACAAUGACCAACUCCACGCACGCUCCUUCUCCCUCAAACGAAUAAUGUCUGGAGCAUGAAGACACACGUGCUAUUCCAUAGACCGACACGUGCUUUCUAAUGUAGUACGGAGAAAUACGGCGGAGCAGUCAGUUCACGAAUGCCUGUUUUCCUUGAAAAGGACGGGACCAACGUCAGCAGCCUCGGUCUCAACUUUCUGCGCGCACACAUUACCGAGCGUGGUCACUCCUCCUUGCGUGUGCGUGCGCGCUCCCUCCUAUCGCGUGGUGGUGGUCAUCCAUAUUGCUGGGAGUAGUGGAGAUUACCUAGUAAUAUUAGAGGUUUACCGAGGCUUUUUAAUGUUUUAACUUAAAGAAACCACUCUGCGUCUUAGACUGAAGGCUAUUUGGUCUAGGGGUGGAGUGGAGAGAGCUAAGACAAGAGGUUAUUCACGGGAUACACCUUAUUUGUUGCUAGGUUGAAAGCGGAUUUGGGGGUAUCGUGUAGGGAAAAGGAGAAAUGGCCACGCAGGUGGAGGCUCUCCUGCCGAACAAUCCUCUGCUGAACCCGGAGGACCGUGGGCAUGCAGGCCAGAUCAAACAUGGUGACGACCGUUUGGAGAAGGGGCCGAAGACGACGGGCGUUUCGGUCGAUUCGAGCACCGUCAAGGGAACCGAUGCGGAGUCGGGUGGGUGCACCACCAACGAACAGUGUAUAAAGCAAGCGAAAGAAGAGAUCAACAACCAAGGGAAAGUGAAUUCGCCCGAAGAAUCUCUCAGUGAUUCCCAGGAAGAUGUCAAAAAUAACAAAAAGGAGUUUACGGAGGCUCCACCGCCCAAGGUGAACCCAUGGACUAAGAAAAUGAACGCCGUCACCGUGGUCAGUGUAAACGGACAGGCACAUCAGGAGCCCACUGGACCAGCAAAGGUGGUGAAGGCAGGAAACCCCAGACCCCGGAGAGGAGGAAAGGUUGGGGACUUUGGAGAUGCCAAUAACUGGCCAACCCCUGGAGAGAUCGCCUCAAAAGACCAACAGACGGAGGGUAGCGCGAGCAGUGUGUGUGUUAAGGUGACUCGUGAGGCAGGCCCAACCACCUGCCGCCCCUCAGUCCCGAAGAAGGUGACUGCCAAGAAGGAGAAGGAGAAGGAGAAGGAGAAGCGUGAGAUCGAGGAGACCAAGGAGAACCAGAAGACGACCAAAUCGGACGACUCGGGAGAAGAGAAGAACGGCGACGAGGAGUCCCAGAAAAACGGCCAGAAAAAGAAAGGUAACAAGCACAAGUGGGUUCCUCUGGUGAUUGAGGUGAAGUCUGAGGGCCCGCGAGAGCGUUCCGCCUCCCGGAACAACACGCGCCAGAAUGAGCCUUCCCGCAUGCCCCCGAACAGCAGGAACGACCUCCGCGAUUGGCACAGCGGGAAGUACGAGCGUGAGUUCCGUGACGACCAUGACGAGGUGUCGAGUGUCAAGAGCGAGGGUGCUCCGUUCCGUGCUGGGUUCCGAGGACGCGGCCGUGGCCGAGGGAGAGGAAGAGGCAGAGGCAGAGGAGGAAGCAGAGGACAUUAUGACUAUCAUUACGGCUACAAAGGCUACGAAGGGAAAGACGGCGCCUACGGCCCCAAGUUCCCCAACAGCUCCGUCACCUAUUACUAUGACAACCUGAGCAGCCAAGACCUGUACUCUGUGGACCAGGGUCUGCUGAAGGACUACAUCAAGAGACAGAUUGAGUACUACUUCAGUGUGGAUAACCUGCAGAGGGACUUUUUCCUGCGGAGGAAGAUGGAUGAGGGGGGCUUCCUGCCCGUCACUCUUGUCGCCAGCUUCCACCGAGUCCAGGCCCUCACCACAGAUAUCAGCCUGAUCCUAGAGGCUUUGAAGGACAGCAGUGUGGUGGAGAUCAUUGACAUGAAGAUCCGCUGUAAAGAGGAACCCGACAAGUGGCCGCUGCCUGGCCUGGCCGCACCCGACCAGAACCAGACGGAUUUCUCUCAGCUCAUCAACUGUCCCGAGUUUGUGCCCAGACAAUCCGUGGAGCCGAAGUCCAACACGCCACGCUCCUCCACGCCUGUUCAGUCUAAACCAGAGGACGUGAGUAACCUGAAGACCAUGCCCAAAGGUCUGUCCGCCAGUCUGCCUGACCUCGACUCAGAGUCCUGGAUCGAGGUCAAGAAGAGGCCUCGGCCCUCGCCCGCCAGACCCAAGACCCCCUCGUUGCAGAAGGCGGAGGAGAGCCCAAUCGCCACGGUGAUCCCCACCACGCCGACCCCGACGGCCAAGGUCCAGGAGGCGGAGGAGCCGGAGGAGCUGGACUUCAUGUUCGAUGAGGAAAUGGAGCAGAUGGACGGCCGGCGCAACACGUUCACCGACUGGUCCGACGAGGAGACUGACGGCGAGAUCGACGACCACGACGUCAACAAGAUCCUCAUCGUCACGCAGACGCCGCCGUACCUGCGCAAGCACCCCGGCGGAGACCGCACUGGCAACCACACCUCGCGCUCCAAGCUCACCUCCGAGCUGGUCAAGGUCAUCAACGACGGACUCUACUACUACGAGCAGGACCUGUGGGACGACACCUAUGAACCCGAGUACGCCACCAUCAAGCAAGAGGUGGAGAACUUCAAGAAGGUUCACCUGAUCAGCCGGGAGGAGUUUGAUUGCCUGACCCCGGAGCCCCCCGUAGACCCCAACCAGGAGGUGCCACCGGGACCCCCACGCCCACAGAACAUCCCCACUGACGCUCUGGCCAACAAGCUGUUUGGCGCCCCUGAGCCGUCCACCAUCGCCCGCUCGCUGCCCACCACCGUGCCUGACUCCCCCAACUACCGCAGCGCGCGCACCCCACGCACCCCCAGGACGCCGCGCCUCAAGGACCCCACGCAGACGCCACGCUUCUACCCCGUCGUCAAGGAGGGCCGGGCCGUCGAUGCCAAGACCCCACGGAAGAGGAAGACCCGACACAGCUCCAACCCCCCCAUGGAGUGUCACGUGGGAUGGGUCAUGGACUCCAGAGAACACCGCUCACGUACUGCCUCAGUCAGCUCCAAUGCCAGCCCCUCUGAGGGCACUCCUGCCCUGGGCAACAUCGGCUGCACCCCUCAGUCUCUGCCCAAGUUCCAGCACCCCUCCCACGAGCUGCUCAAGGAGAACGGCUUCACGCAACACGUCUACCACAAGUACCGCCGCCGCUGCCUCAACGAACGGAAGCGUCUGGGCAUUGGUCAGUCCCAGGAGAUGAACACGCUGUUCCGGUUCUGGUCCUUCUUCCUGCGAGAUCACUUCAACAGGAAGAUGUACGAGGAGUUCAAGCAGCUGGUGGUGGAGGACGGCAAAGCUGGAUAUCGGUAUGGCCUGGAGUGCCUGUUCCGCUACUUCAGCUACGGCCUAGAGAGGAAGUUCCGGCCCGACAUUUUCAGAGACUUCCAGGAGGAAACCAUGAAAGACUAUGAAGCUGGCCAGCUGUAUGGACUGGAGAAGUUCUGGGCCUUCCUGAAGUACUCCAAGGCCAAGAACCUGGAAAUCGACCCUAAACUCUCAGAGUAUCUGAGCAAGUUCAAACGCCUGGAGGACUUCAGAGUGGAUCCCCCGAUGGAGGAAGGCGGUCGAAAGAGGCACUCAUCCAGCGGAGACGGCCGUCGCCGCCACCCCUCCCACGGCUCGCACGCCCCCUUGCAGGCUGCCCCCCCCCCGCGAUGAUGCCAAACCCAGCGCCCUGCGGAGCCCCGCCCUCGACGCCAAGCCCCAGAAGUAGCCCCGCGACACGACGCGUCACGACUCUGCCGUCACCCCCGCACCUCUCCACUUCCUGUGCCCCCUUUCCCCCCCGAGGACCGCUGAGCAAGCAUGACACCAAAACAAACCAACGCAAACGUACGUAACGCGGACACGAACGACAGCAGCACCCGGAUGGAAAAUAUCAAAGCUCUUCCAUUUUAUUUUUUAUCUCUUAUCUUACUUUUUUUUUUUCCCCUCCCAUUUCCUCGACGUUUAAAAAUGAAAAUGACAAAAGGGCGUCAUGUUGAUGAUGGUGUUAAGGGCUGGAGAGAGCUUUUUUUUUUUUUUUUUUUUUUUUCCCUCCUUUGGGAUGUCAUAUCAGAGUAGUUAGUUUUUAUUUUCCUGCUCUGGGAUUGGCUGGAUCUGCAGUUUUGGAUCGUUGGAUUGGCUGGAUUUGAACGAGCCCGUCCCCUAGCCCUCUUUCUUUCUUUCUUUUCUUUCUUUCUUUCUUUCUUUCCAUCUCUGCCCCCUCCCCCCAUUUCUCCGAGCUGAGCUGAGGUGCGCUACGCUGCAAGUGGACUCCUCCAGAAACGGCCGCUCAUCGCUCAUUCCUCUCUCUCUCUCUCUCUCUCUCUCUCUCUCUCUCUCUCUCUCUCUCUCUCUCUCUCUCUCUGUCUCUCCCCUCCUCUCUGUGCUUUUACGACUUCUUUUCUGAGAGCCAUGUGGGAAUUCUUAAGUUGGACAACGAGAGAGAAACUUUUUGUGUUGAACUGAACAUUUGGAGGGCUGAGGGAGAGAGAAAAAAAAAAUGCAUAAAGAAAAAAAAACAAAACAAAGAAACUUUUAUGUUGGAACCUUCUGAAUUGAAAAGUGAGCAAAAAGAAAAAAAAAAACUGUUGACUAGCAGUGGGGCUGGAUUUAAAUAUAUAUAUACACACACACACACACACACACACACACACACGCACGCACACACGCACACGCACACACACACGCAAAAGGAGGAAAACUAAGAACAAAAAGGCUGAAGACCCCCCCUGUCUCCCGCCUUCCUUGUCUCCCGCCUCCCUGUCUGAUGGAGCUGACUGAAAGAUGCCUUAUUUACUUUAAUGGUUCUCUGCUUAUUUCGCGCCGGUCACCUUAAUGUUGAUGGACAGCAUUUACCCUGACUAUAUGCAACUGUGCGCACACACACUCGUACACGAACACACACACACACACUCUUAAUCACUUUAACUGGGAUACCUUCAGUCUUCCACAUAUCAUAAGGUCUGUUGUAGAAGUCCCUUAGUGUCGGGGUGUGUCUGUGUGUGAGAGAGUAGAAGCGCCCUCCUUCAUAAUGGACUGGAAGUAUCAUCUUUAUCAUUCAGAAUACUUGAAGACCAAACUGCAUCCUAGAUGCAGACACGCAUACCUGUGUCCACACACACACGCGCAUGCAUGUACAAACCAAACAAAUGCAUGAAUUUGACCCUCCCAAACAACACAAACACACACAUGCGCACACAGACACACAGACGCACGCACACAUGCACACGGGCAUACAAACCCACUGUUGUCGCAUAACCACACCUAACCUGGAAUUGUAAAUGACCAGUACUCCAUCUCCCCAAAGCUGACGAUCACAUCUGCCUUACAUGCGUACAUUAAGAUCUCCUGGUAUUUACUGACAAGUAGCCGGAGCUGAUGGACAGAGGUAGGGGAGGGCGGCGACCUUUGACCUCCGAGCUUCCGAGGUCCACGUAGCCAUCAAAGGGAAGUAUGACAUCACCAGGUCGGGCGCUCGGACCUGGGGUGCAUGCUGGUGUUUGGUGACCUCCGGGUGACCUCCGGGAUCCUCCAGUGCAGUGGGCCUUUGUUUACAGUUGCUAAGCUGCAAGGAAGGAAGUGGAACGGAAGGGAGGCGGAGCUUGGAGCCUGUCCGUGCUCUGCAGCCUACGCACACGUCUCCGGGAGCCGUGGUUGCUCUUGGCAACACUUCUGUCUUUUUGAGUGGACAUGGUGAUGUCUGUGUAAAUGUCUUUUCCCCUCCUUGUCUAGCAGUAGGCCAUUUGUUACAUGAAUUUUAUUUUUUAUUGUCUUGUUUCUAAACUUUUAAAAAACAUUGGAUUGGGAGGAGGGGUUAGUGGGUGCUCCCAGUCUUCAGGCAUGACCUCACACCCAUUUUAUCCAAUCACAAUCAGGAAUAAUGAUCACCUAGCAACGGAAACCUGAAACCAACUGCACUGAGGCAGGAGCUGCUGCGCCUCAACGGCCAGCGAUAUGCUGUGUGUGAGUCUGUGCAUGCAUGUGUGUGUCUGUGCGUGUGUGUGUGUGUGUGUGUGUGCGUGUGUGCGUCUGUCUCAGGUGCGAUGUCUACAGAUCAGAGGACUAGGGACUGGGGGAUUUAAAAAAAAAAGGACAAAAAGAUUCCAUAAAGCCAUAUAAAUAAAUAAAUAAACUAGCUGUACAUGAUCCAUUGAAAUGUUAAUAGGUGCAUUAGCAGUUCAGAUAUGUUAGGCUCGUCAUGAAAACUGAUCAAAAUGAAGAAAAGGAACAAAAAAAUCUAUAAAAUGGAAAAAUGUAAAAUACUUGAAUGAGAAUCUUGUAUCAUAACAUUUAAUAUUCAUAAUAUCUGCUUUGUAGGCUGAUGUGAUUCGCUGUUAGUGUUCUUUGUAAUUUGUAGUAAUUAUGCUUUUCCUUAAUAAUAAAAAAAAAAACACAAAACGGAAAAAACCUUAAACACCAAC